UUGUCCAUUGUUUUAAUCUCAUAUUAGCCACUUGAAACUAUUGUUUAGCAUAUCAGCUUAUCUUUUGAUUAUUAAUUUGGUAAAUCAAUUUGCUAAUUUUAAAUAUUUAGUUAAAGUACACUUUGCAUGUUUAGUCGUCUAUUAAAAAAUGAAAAAAUCUAAGAAAAACGAUGAUACCAAGACAAAGAAUGGCGGCUUUUAUGAUCCCAUGGCCGUAACUUGGACAGAAAAAUAUAAUAAUCAAUUAAGUAAAGUAUGGAGUUAUGUGCCGGAACAGUUGGGGAAAAUUAUAGUAACUUUUGCAGUUUUUUUCUUGGGCGUUUCUAUUAACGGCGACUGGAUUAAUAUUGUAGUACAUGUAGCUAAACAAUUUGGAUAUUAUGAUAAUACCAGUAACAUUAGCCGAGAAUUCAGUUGGAGUGGUAUUAUAGAGUAUCUCAGAUUACAAAAUUUAUGGAGCUUUUGGAUAGGUGCCAUUGUUUCGUCUUACAGUAUCUAUUUUCUUAUAGGAGGAUUCUUACAUUGGUAUUAUUAUGUGAAACAACGUGAUAAAGCUGAAGAAUGGAAAUGCCAGCCCAACAAAUGGUUGUCACCGGAAUUAGAAAGACAUGAGAUCUUCUGGGGCUCAACAACUCUCUUUCUAAACGCCUCACUAUCUGCUAUAUUAGCAUGUUAUAUCUCUAAUGGAGGGUAUAGUCAAGUUUAUUACAAUAUCACUGAUUAUGGACUGAUAUGGUUUAUUUUACAAUUUCCAGUUCUCUUCAUAAUUGAGGACUACGUUACUUAUUGGCUCCAUAGGAUUUAUCAUUUUCCUUAUCUUUAUAAAAGAUUUCAUAAACUUCACCACAAGUACAAACAGCCAACAGCAUUCUCGGUUACUGCUAUUCAUCCUGUAGAGUCCCUCCACAUCCAGCUGUUCUUAGCGGCUCCACUAUUUCUUUUUCCAGUUCACUGGCUUCCAUUUUAUACUGUCACGUUCUACGCAUAUUAUCAUGGAAUAAUCGAUCAUUCCGGAAUUAAUUUCAAGGCUUAUUGGUGGCAACCAUGGCAACCCGAUGCUAUAUUUCACGAUAACCACCAUCAAUAUUUCCAUGUCAAUUUUGGAUUCAACAUAUUUAUUUGGGAUAAGAUUCACGGGACGUACAGAAGAAAAGAUCGGGUGUACAGAGAAGACUUGUUUUACGGCGAAGGUAAAUCAAUAGACUUGGCAACCGCCGAUGAGCUGAAGGAAGAAUUAGAAGAAAGGCAAGCCGAAAACCCCUUGGCCUAUAGGAACGACAAUGAUCUUUUAUCAUCAAGAUCAGAAUUGUUGACUACACUGAGUAAAAGGAAAUAAUCUAAACAUAGGAAAUUAUAAUAAGUGUCUGUGAUUUAGUUUUUUUUGUUUCAAGAUGUAUGUACAAGCUAGUUUAAACCAAAUAGUAAAUUAUAAUUUAUACAUUCACAAAAAAUAAAUUUUAUUUAUUUACGAGGGAAUAUUCUCUCCCA